GUUUACGUGAAUCCGAAGAGUUUUUCUUCGGAAUGAAUUUUAUUUUUCCAUUCAUAAGCCAAGAACAAUGGACUACGUCAAAUAGAAUUUCUUAAAUUAUGAAUAAAUGCGAGAGCUCUUAACAAAUUGCAUUUUUUAGCUUUCUUAAUUUGCAUCCAGACAUGUCAGAGCAAGACUUCCAGAAUCCAUUCGCGGCCCUCUUUCCCUGCUCCGACGAAGGGGAAGCGUUCAAGACGGGGGUCAUCCCCCCUCAGGAGAUCGUGGAGGACCCCUCGGAGCCCCCCAAGGGGGCAGGGGGUGCCCAGGGGGACUCCCACCUCGUCAGCCACUUCUUCGAAGAUGUCUUCAGGAUCACGCUCUCAAAAGAACCUUGCUGCUGUCGCAAUGAACCCAGCUCCCUGGUCUUUUUGAAUGAGGUGCACAUUGCCCUGCAUUGCCAGACGGACUUGGACGAGUCCUGCAUCGAGAGGGCCGUGUUCGAGCGCUUGCUUUUGGAGGAGCCAGCUCAGCACAUCGUGCGCAGAAAAAACACAGACGAAGAGGAUUCCAUAGCAGGUGUCAAGAGGAUCAUGUUCUACCUCUACCAGUCCUACCAUCGCCUCAAGAAGCUCACCGACUGCAAGACUGGCCCCUUCGAGACUGCCCACCAUGUGAUUGUAACCCAGACUGCUUCGGCCCUCUGCCAGCCAGAGAUGUUUCCCGAUUCUAAACUGGGGGAGGACUUCAUGAAACUGUUCCUCUUCUACCACGACCAGACAGGGCACUGCGAGGUGCUGCAGCAGUUCCUGCUGGACGUGUCGGGCUCGGUGGUGAACGUGGAAGGGGCGGAGCUAGCUGAAGUGCUGACCCCCGCAUUCGCCCAUUUGCAGGCCAAGCUGGCGGGGGCGGGGCUCUUCGACCGCAACCUCUUCCUCUACAUAGACACCCUCAACUACUUCGCGUCCUCCGAGACGCUCAUCAAGGCGCUUCUACAGCACAGCCUGCCUCGAGAGCUGCGCAACGGCAAGGCCUACCAACAGAGCCUGCUGGGGCUGCCCCUGGGGGUCUCCUGCCUGCCCCCCUCAGAGGUGGAGCCCUUCGAGUUCUUCCGCGAGCCCGGAAGAAGCUCCACGCAAGACCACGCCAUCACGGAAGAACGACUCUCACUGCCCCUGGUGACCAUUGCCAGGACUGUUCACCGACUCUUCGACAAAAUCCUGCGCAAGUCCAUCGAGACGAGAGAGAUGCUGUUGCACUGGCUGGGAAACUGUUUGGAUGCCAAUGCAGGUCGUGCAAAAAUCUGGAACAGCCAGCUGCCAGAGGUUUACGCCUCUCUCCAUGCUUCUGAUGGCUUCUUUGUGAACCUGUCUGCUGUGCUGCUGCUGCUUUGCAAGCCCUUUGCAGAGCCCAGGUCCCCCAAGCUCUUCAAGGUGGACCCCCUCUACUCUGCUGCACCCCUCUCCACCCCAGACAAGCGAAACGGGGUGCACAUCAAGA